UUUUAUGAGCUUCAUCAUGACAUUGUUUCUCAUCAGAUACAUUCACAUAAUUUCACUUAUUCUAAUUCUUGCCAACUCCUUCUGCUUGCAAGCUGAACUUCGACGUUUUCGAUUUGUCGUGAAGGAAGCUUCUUACAAGAGAUUGUGUGAGGAAAAGAGAAUCUUGACAGUGAAUGGGAAAUUUCCAGGGCCAACUCUCAAAGUUCACAGAGGGGAGACCAUUGUCGUCGACGUUUUCAACAGAGGAAAAUACAAUAUUACCAUUCACUGGCAUGGAGUGAGGCAGCCGAGGAAUCCAUGGACAGACGGCCCUGAGUACAUCACCCAAUGUCCCAUCCAACCCGGCAGCAGCUUUAGCCAGAAGGUCAUAUUUUCGAAAGAGGAAGGGACGCUGUGGUGGCACGCACACAGUGGCUGGUUCCGAACAACCGUGCAUGGAGCCAUCAUCAUCUACCCCAAACCCGGAGCUCCCUAUCCUUUCACCAACCCGCACGCCGACGUUCCAAUCAUUCUAGGGGAGUGGUGGAAAGAAGAUAUUGUGAAAAUAAGGCAAGACUUUCUUGAAUCGGGAGGCCAACCAAGGGACUCUGAUGCCUAUACCAUCAAUGGCCAGCCCGGGGACCUUUAUCCAUGCUCAAAGCAAAGUAUGUUGAAGCUGGAAGUGAAGCAUGGACAAACAUAUCUCCUACGCAUAAUCAACGCAGCCCUGAACGAAAUCCUCUUCUUCGGAGUAGCAAAGCACAGCCUCACCGUGGUGGGGGCCGAUGCAUGCUAUACCAAGCCAUUCACAACGCCCUACAUCGCCAUCGCCCCCGGCCAGACGAUGGAUUGCCUCCUGAACGCCGACCAACAACCCGACCGCUACUACAUGGCCGCCAGGGCGUACUUGAGCGGCGCAGGGGUCGAUUUCGACCACACAACCACAACAGCUAUGGUGCAUUAUGCAGACCCCUACUGGCCCUCUCCGUCUCCUGAUAUGCCGAAACUCCCCGACUUCAACGACACUUCUGCCGCACUGAACUGCAGCUACAGCAUCAGAAGCUUGAACUCCCAAUGGCAUUCCGUCUUAGUCCCUAAGGUCAUCACCGAAAGAAUUUUCACAACCAUAUCAGUCAACACGUUACCGUGUCCCGCCAACGAAACCUGCGAAGGGCCUGACGGAAGGCGGCUGGCGGCCAGCUUGAACAACAUCAGCUUCGUGACCCCGCACAUCGACGUUCUUGAGGCGUAUUUCUACCAGAUAUCCGGCGUGUUCGGCCAACGUUUUCCGAGCUUUCCGCCUACGGUUUUCAACUACACUGCCGAUGGGCUGCCUGUGGAGCUGCAGAUUCCGAGGAAAGGGACACAGGCGAGAGUGCUGAGAUUCAACUCUAACAUUGAGAUGGUUUUCCAGGGAACUAAUUUGGUUGCAGGGAUUGAUCAUCCAAUGCAUCUUCAUGGAUUCAGUUUCUAUGUUGUUGGGUGGGGAUUUGGAAACUUUGAUGCGCAAAAGGACCCUUUGAACUAUAAUCUCGACGACCCUCAACUUCGUAACACCAUCAUCGUGCCUAAAAAUGGCUGGGCUGCCAUCAGGUUCAAGGCAGACAACCCUGGGGUUUGGUUUAUGCACUGCCAUUUUGAGCGUCACAUGACAUGGGGCAUGGAAACAGUAUUCAUAGUGAGAAGUGGCAGAGGCCCGACCCAACGAGUGCUUCCACCACCGCCGGAUAUGCCACCAUGUUGAUCAUGAUCCAUCUCAAGACUGUUCUCCUAAUCUCUGACCGUUAAUCUUCCUAUAUAUAUAUAUAUAUAUU